CAGUCGGUCAACGAAACAGAAAGUGGCCGUACGUCGUCCGUACCGCACGCGCCGCGACACACAAAAACACACACAAAUACACACAUACACACACACAUACACACAAACUCAAACACAGAUACAAACACACACGCACUCCUCGCACACCUGUGACGAAGUACAAAUCGUUAUUAAUAAUAAUAAUAUUAUUUUUUGUUUACCACGAUUUUCGGUUUAUGAUUAUCGUUAUAUUGUUUUGGUCGUUUCGUCUCCAGACAAUUUCGCGGGUUUCGUAUCGGAGAGCAUGACGAUCGUUUCCGUAUCAUCGUCUUCGUCGUAUUGCGUAUGUUUGUCGACAUCAUAAUUCGAAGAGAAAAAUAUUAAGAACCAGUAAGACAUAUUAUAAUAUUAUUAUUAACCUUCGACGUCGUGCCGGUUUGCCGAGUGUUUACCGCUCGCCGGGCAGAUACGUAUAAUAAAGACUAUAAAUCGAAAUAUAAAAAAAAAGCACACCGUACAGCAGUCGAAAGCCGCAACUUCACGGACGAGACACCGACGUCCGCCGUCUCGCGCCGAGCGCGGCAUGCGAUCGCCGUCGUCGUGGUCGUCGACAAGCGUCGCUCGUCGUUGAAUGGCUCCUCGCCGAAACGCAAUGGGUUUUAACGGUAUGGGACAUUUCGCCGACUUGUUCGGCCCGUCCACCACAACGGCCAUGGAACAGUUGUUCCAUCAGCAGCAGCAGCAGCAGCAACCCUAUCAACUCGUCCAGCAACAGCACUACGAAGAAUGUUGCGUGCCCACCGGCGACUGCGUCAUGCGGUCCGCGCCCAUCAGGCCGGAUGAUCCGCGCGCCGCCGAACUCUACGCCCGCGUGGUGUGCAGCGACGGCGGAUGUCCGGCCGGCCGGUACAUGCACCGCGAGUGCUUCGACGCUUGGGAACGGCUGGUGUUGGUCUACAUGAAGAACGCGGCCGCGACGUACGCCAACGGUAACGCGAUUCCCCAGUCCAACGGCCGGCGCAUCAAGGACCUGUGGACGGUCAACGUCAAUAACAACAACGUGGUGAACCUCAACAAGAAGGGCUACGAAAUGGCGUUCAAGGCUUGCGGCUGCCGUUGCGGCCGCGGUUACUUGAAGAAGGACUCCGAGUGGCCGCAGCAGUCGUCCGUCAGCUCCGUCCUCCGCAGACGGUCUUCCGGCGGGAGCGGCGGCGCCGCCGACGACGUGGUAGACGGUGGCAGGACGUCGGUCGCACCGCCGACUGUCGGCAAGAAGAAGAAGCGCAGGCAGCCGGCCGCUAGACAACCCGCGGCCACUGCUUCCGCAAUGAUGAUGGCCGACUACGCCGAGCUGCGGCUCCGCGCCGGCAGCCUGUCCGGUUCGUCCAACGGUUCCAGUUCACCCGUCACCAAUUCCGCCAGCAGCGUGUCGCCCGCCCACUCGGGAUCAUUCGGUUCCAGCACCAGCACCGGCGCCGGUUCCGGUUCUGGGUCAUCGUCGUCCAAGAGGCGCGGGGCCUGUUUGAAAGACGUUUUCGAGAGGCAGUCGUCCAUGAAUGGCAAUGGGAUAUUUUGCCGUCGUCUAGACUUCAGCACAUUCAAUCGGCUACCUCGGCACAUGCUCAACUCCUAUCACGUAAAGAUCGAAGACGAGGGCAACCAUGGAAACGACGAGACCAGAUCUUUCAUUUUGUCAUCGUUGGCCGCUCAAAAUCAAUCGCGAGUCAACUGCGUCCUGUGCUCGGAUGUUAUGUUGGUGUUUGACCGUUAUCCGCUGGUGGACGGUACAUUUUUCCUUAGCCCCAAGCAAUACAACAAAAACGCCGUCGAGGUGAAAAACGAGGGACGAGCUCUGUUUCUGAACGCAGUCUGCAUGAAAUGUCUGGAUGGCAAAGACGCUGACCGGAAGUUGUGUUGCCGAUUCUGUGCUACUCAGUGGGACGGGUCAUCACUCAUUAUGGGCACCAUGUACGCGUACGAUGUAUUCGCAGCCAUGCCGUGUUGCAACGAACGGCUCAAGUGUAACGGUUGUCAAAAAGCAUUGAUGUUGUCGCACCAACGCCUGAACUUCUACAGCGAUUAUAGCCGGAAAGUCACCUGUCCGCACUGCACUUCUGUCGACUAUCACUUCGUAAAGCCGCUCGCGGUGUACUACACCCGACAGUGGCCAUAACAUACGGCCACGGUCCCGACCUCAAUGGUCGGGACCGGUGGCCGCCUACCGGCAGCCACCACCGUCGCCGCAACAGCGGUAUCUUGCUCCUCUUCAUCUGUCGCCGUCGCCCAGCCGGUUGUACUUCAACAGCUACAAAAUCAUCAACACCUGCAACAGUUGCAACAACAGCAACAACACGCGCCGCCCGAUUACACUUCGGUGGCCAUCGAAAAACUGCUCCAUUCCAUUUGGGACAACAAAGUCAAUGACAUUAUGGCGGCCAUUAACCACUUAGGUUUGGUCUGAAUCAUUUGAAUUGCAAUUGAGUGUAUAGAAAUCCGAAAGGGCUUUUUCAUCUUUUCAAAAAAAAAAAAA